CAUUUCGACUUCUUCUAUCGUCCGCCCCCGCGAGUCCCGAUCUCGUUCUUCAAGCCCUUGUGGUCGCCAUUUGCCUCAGGUGUUCACCGACGUCAAUCCUUUCUCUCUCCCAGGUGACUUGUUUUCUUCCUCUCUAGUCGAUGCUUUUUUGGGUUUAGAUUUUGGGUUUUUUUCUUUCUCAACCGGGAACACCGAGAAUGGAUCUUCCGAUCAUUAGAACAAACCCUUGCUGUCUCCAUCUCCUUCAUGAUAUUCGCCGAUGCAGAUCCUUUUGUCUCCCAGGGGAGAAGAUCCAGUGAAAGAAUGUGGCAUGAGGUUUUGUGUUUUAGAAGCACCGUCACCCCACUUGCCAUGAUGUCUCACCGACGGUCUCUCAAAUGCGUUAUCCCAACUAAACGGGUUCCCGCGUGUUGUGUUAAGGGAACACCAGACUUGCCAAUGCCAUUCGAUCGCCGUUGGUCCAAUCCGAGGAGGAGAAAGGGGGAGUUUCAUCAUUCUUUGAAGCCUGUUCGACGAUGGAUCCAAGGCGAGGGUUGCAAUCAUUUUGAUUGCCACUCCAAAGACUAUUUUAUGCUUAUUUCAUACAAUAUCCUGGGAGAUAAUAAUGCUUCCAAACAUGGUGAACUUUAUCAUAACAUUCCUUUGGAUAUCAUGAAUUGGAACUCAAGGAAGAGGUUCAUCUUCCAUGAAAUUGAUAGUUUGAAUGGCGAUUUACUGUGCCUUCAAGAAGUAGAUAAUUAUGAAGAUAUCUCAGCAUAUUUGAAGAGAAAAGGUUAUAUUGGUCAUUAUAAGCGUCGCACUGGAUGGGCUAAGGAUGGAUGUGCUCUUUUCUGGAAAGCUGAGAGGUUUAAAUUACUUGAGGCAGACAACAUCGAGUUUAGGUCUUUUGGCCUUCGUGAUAAUGUGGCCCAACUCCUUGUUUUCGAGUUAUCAAAAGGUAAUCCAAGGAGAUUAGUAGUUGGAAACAUCCAUGUGCUGUUUAACCCAAAGCGUGGAGAUAUUAAGCUGGGACAGAUCUAUAGAUUUUUAUUGAAGGCAACUCAGCUUUCAGAGAAAUGGGGUGGAAUUCCUGUUGUACUUGCUGGUGAUUUUAACAGCACACCCAAAAGUGCAAUCUAUGACUUUUUGUUGACAUCCAAGCUGAAGGUUGACAUGCGCAACAGAAGAAAAUUUCUAGAGCAGAAUAAUUUCCAGUUCGCUUCAUGCAAUUUGUCUGCUCUAAAUUAUUAUUGGACUGGUAAGGAGUUGGCAAAUGGUUCACCUCAUUCCCUAAUUACACAUGACUUGAAUCUGCAAAGCUCUUAUGCUACUAUCAAGAGUACUGCAAUGACGAGAGAUUAUCUAGGUGAACCACUAGCCACUAGCUACCACUCCAAGUUUCUUGGAACUGUUGACUAUAUCUGGUACUCAACUGGACUUACUUGUACCAGAGUUCUGGAUACACUGCCCUUGGACACGCUGAGAAUGCUUGGUGGUCUACCUUGCCAGGAUAUUGGAAGUGACCACUUAUCCCUUGUAGCUGAGUUGGUGUUCACAGAAAGCAAAGAAAUAGAAAUACGAUCGACCGAUGAAAGCAGCAAUGAUGAAGGCACUGUUACCUCCAAAGUCAAUUUAAAAUGAUACUAGGUAUUAACUUAAGAUGUAUGUUGGUGUUGAUCCUAGGUAUUCAGCAGCAACCUAGGAACCAUGGAUUAUAAUUGAUAGUUCUGUAAGGAAACAAUUCAAAUUGAAGAUCACGGCCAAUGCGGGUUUUACGAACAAGGUUGGGCUUCAAGUACAACUAUUCAAGUGCUAACUCAAGGAUCUUCCAAUACGUAUUUCGUUUUUUUAUUUUUCAUGUUAGGUUUGCUGUACAUAAAUUAUGUUGAAAUUAUUAUGUACAAACCUUUUUAAAAUUUAAUCUGAAUCGCUUAUAAUUUGUUGGAACUA